AUGGCGGACGAAGAAAAGCAGACGUACCUUGAUCCCAACGUCGAGAAGGAGUUGCCUUCCCCAUUGGCCGACGCCAUCCGCUCAGGAAGCGUGGAUAAGAAGAUCUUGGAGCACUCUCACGAUGCCGACGAAGCUUUGAAGGCCUUUCAGAGCCAUCCUGGACAGGUCAUUCAUAUCGAUGAAGCAACGAAUAAACGACUUUUGCGAAUUAUAGACUGGCAUUUGAUACCGGUCAUGUGUAUCGUUUACGGCCUGAAUUAUUUGGACAAGACAACCAUAUCCUACGCAUCCGUCAUGGGUAUCAAGAAGGACAUUGGACUUGUCCGCGACGACUACCAAUGGUUGGGCUCCAUGUUCUACUUCGGUUAUAUUGCCUGGGAGUAUCCCACGAACCGCCUCUUGCAAAGGCUUCCAAUCGGCAAGUAUUCUGCGGCCUGCAUCAUAGCGUGGGGCGUGGUGUUGGCAUGCUUCGCUGCCGUAGAGAACUUUGCUGGUGCGGUAGCCAUCAGGUUCAUGUUGGGGGUCUGUGAGGCGGCGGUGACCCCCGGCUUCGCCUUGAUCACUUCACAAUGGUACACUAAGAAGGAGCAAGGGACGAGAACAGGCAUCUGGUUCUCCUUCAACGGCUGGGCGCAGAUCUUUGGUGGACUUGUGGCCUACGGAAUCGCCCGGGGCACGGCAAACCAUCAGACGUCGUUGGCAGGAUGGAAAAUCGUAUUCCUUCUCACCGGCCUCUUAACCGUCUCAAUGGGCAUUCUCUUCCUCUUUAUCAUCCCAGAUAACCAACUCAACGCCCGCUGGCUAAGCAAGGAAGACCGCGUACUAGCCAUCGAGCGUAUCCGUGUCAACCAACAAGGAGUCGGCAACAAGCACUUCAAAUGGUACCAGGUCCGCGAAGCUCUGACGGACCCCAUAACUUGGGCUUUUGUGGCAUAUGCUCUCAUUGCCGACAUUCCCAACGGCGGUAUCAGCAACUUCUUCUCGCAGCUCAUUACUUCCUUUGGAUACACGGCCGAACAGUCCUUGCUUUACGGCACACCUGGAGGCGCAGUGGAAGUCAUUACCCUGAUCGCUUUCGGCUAUCUCGGGGAUCGGUAUAGCAAUCGGAUAGCUUUUGCUUCUAUUGGCCUGGUGCUCAGUAUUAUUGGGAUGGCACUCAUCGUCGGUCUGCCGCUGGAGAACAACAGUGGUCGCCUGGGCGGCUACUACCUUACCCAGGCAUCUGCAUGUCCAUUCGUGGCUUUCUUGUCAUUGAUCAGCAGUAACAUUGCCGGCUACACCAAAAAGACCACAGUAGCAGCAUUGUAUCUGAUCGCAUAUUGUGUCGGCAAUAUCAUCGGUCCACAAACCUUUAGACCAAAAGAUGCACCUCGCUAUGUGCCGGCCGAGGUGACAAUCAUUGCUUGCUGGUGUGCAUGCUUGGUCGUUAUGGCAUUCAUAUAUGUCUGGUGCAGAAGGCAGAAUGCGCAGAAGGCAAGGUUAAGGGCAGACCCAAGUUACACCAAGCUCGAGAACCAAGAGUGGCUUGAUCUGACAGAUAAGGAGAACCCUGAGUUUGUUUACACUCUGUAG